AUGUUGCUCAGUUUAUAUCUGGGUAGUUUAUCAUUGGGUUUGUUCGUAUUCUCUGAUCCAGAUCUACUCCAGAGAAAUGGUCGACGGUAUGAUGGCAGUGUGAAGCCCAAAAUUAAUUUACAACAAGUAGCAAUAACACAGAUUGGCAAUUACAAUGUAAGCACUAAAGAAAAUUUGGAGAAAGAAUCUAUGAUUCACAGCCACUACAGUCCAGUGAAUGUCACCUUUAAUGGAAGCCCCUGUAUUCUAUUCUGGGCCAGAAGGAUCAUGAUUAAGUUUCAGAACCAUACUCAGUUGGAUCUAACAGACAAAACAUUCGGUGUUCAUGCAUCGGUGGAUGUUGCUGAUUCAAAUUGCAGUGAAGAAAAUGCAAUGCUUUCACUUAAUUUUGGUGACAUUGACAAUUUGAAAGGAUUUGUUAUCAGAUUCAUUCUGACAAACAGUUACUACAAGCUCUCCAUUCAAAAUUGGUUUACCUUACACAGAAUCCAGCUUAUUUACAAUCAAUCUGUACAAGCAACAUUCAACGCAACACGAAUACAUGCACCAGCAAUCUAUUCUUAUCACUGUGAACAUGUCAGCAACUUGCAGAGAUAUGAUGCACUAUUAACACCCAGCUCUCCAAACGAUGCAGCCAAGCACUGGGAAGUUACUUUUAUUGACUUUCAGAUUCAAGGAUUUAACAUUGAAGAUGGACAGUUUGCUUAUGCAAAAGAUUGUGCUUCUCUCUUCCCACCAGCCAUUCUAAUGGGUCUAGUGAUGUCUCUGAUACUGCUUCUUGUUUUAGCUUAUGCUCUUCACAUGUUGAUGCACUUAAAAUCCAUUGACAGACAUUAUGAAUGCAAAGCAUCUUCUGCUUAUUAUCCACAGAUGAAAGAUAUUGAUACAGCAGAUGAAAAAGAGCCCCUGAGAAUCAAUGGGCAUGAAACUUAUGAACUUAGAAGCCAACAAUAUUCUAAAAUCUAUAUCUAA